AUGCCGUCUAGGAAACGAAAGUCAGAGGAGAACCAUGCUCACGCGGGCACAGAGCAUACCAUACGGUCCAUACCCAUCCGAGGAGGCCGGCCUGCUGUUCAACGAGACUCAAGCCUCAACGAGGCCCCGACCCAGGGUCUCACCGUCUUGAUCUUCGGCACCGGUGACUGCGGCGAGCUCGGCCUCGGGCCUGUCACGAAGGAGGUCCGACGCCCUCGGAUCAUGCAGUCUUUGAACCCGGAGAACGAAAACAGCUACCGCGUGGUCCAGCUCGACACGGGUGGCAUGCACGUCGUCGCUCUGACAGCGGACAACAAGAUCGUCACCUGGGGCGUCAACGACAAGGGCGCCCUUGGCAGGGACACAGAGUGGGAGGGCCGCUUGCGCGACGCCGAUGUGGACAUGUCAGACGAUGACGACUCCGACGACCUCAACCCAGUCGAAUCGACACCCACCGACAUACCAGCGGACUCGUUCCCACCAAACACCACAUUUACGCAAGUGGCCGCGGGUGACAACGCUUCCUUCGCCAUCACCGACACCGGCUUGGUGUACGGAUGGGGAACAUUCUUGAACACAGAGGGCCACGAGGGCUUCUGCUUUGACGCCAAUGGCAGCUUCAUCAAGCUGCAGCGCCGGCCCUUCCUCAUCCCGGGCCUCAAGGACAUCACCAGCAUCACCUGCGGCGCCAACCACGCCCUCGCGCUCGACGCCCGCGGCCGCAUCUGGGCCUGGGGCGUCGGCGAACAGAACCAGCUGGGCCGCCGGAUCAUGCCGCGCCGCGUCAUGGAGAGCUACGUCCCCCACCAGGUCGAGGUGUGCCGCCACGGCGCCAAAGCCAUUGCGGCCGGCAGCUACCACUCCUUCGCCGUGGACAAGCUGGACAACGUCUGGGGGUGGGGGCUCAACAGCUUCGGCCAGGCUGGGUAUGCCAAGUACGCGGGCGACCCGUCCAACACGUUUGUCCCCUACCCGAUGAAGAUCCCGGGCCUGUGCGGGCAGGGGAUCAAGAUGGUCAGCGGCAGCGCGCACCACUCUGCCGCCGUGGCCCAGGACGGCCGGUGCCUCGUGUGGGGCCGGCUCGAUGGCGGACAGCUGGGCGUGAAGCUGAGCGCGGAGCAGCUAGAUGACGACAGCCUCGUGCGGCGCGACGAGCGCGGCAGGCCGCGGAUAUGCCUCCGGCCUGUCACCGUAUCGCAAGUCGGCCAGACGAGCUACGUCGACUGCGGCAGCGGUCACACCGUCUUUGUGGGCAGCGAUGGGAAAGCGCGCAGCUCCGGCUUCGGCACCAUGUACCAGCUCGGCCUGGGCUCGGACGACGAUGUCGAGACAGCGCAGCUCAUCUUCAACAAGGCUGUGCGGGACCGGGUCCUGACCUGGGCGGGCACCGGAGGCCAGUUCAGCAUGGUUGCCGGACCUGCGUGGGAUACUGGCAGUGGUACUUCAUAG